AUGAGAGAUCACGGGUCCAAAUAGGUAAUUUUGACAUUUUUGUUUCUUUGAAGGGAGGUGGAGACAAUUUACCAACCCCCUCCCUCCGUCCUUGACUGAAAUUACCAACUCGUAUUGCACAGGGGAGACACUAAAAGCACUCCCAAAGCUCUCGAAAUGGAGGCUCCCGAAGACUACUGUGCUAGUAACGGCCAAUGCUCUCCUGGUAAGGAGAAGUCAAGAAUGUCAGUGGAUUUGUCAACACCUAAUGGACAGACUGUUCCUCAGGGUCCUAAUUCCCCCAGUGAACUGAUGAUUAAGCAAGAGGAAGAAACAGGGGAGGAGGCUGAAAACAAAAGUCCAGCACUUGAAGGGCUAGACCAAACAGGGGAGGAGGAGGGAGUAGCAAUGGAGGAAUCCAUGACUGGCAGCCCAAGCAACAUACAUGAUGGAUUGUCUGGUCAGAGUAUGACAGCUGAUGCAGAGAGUCGACAACCUAAUGGUGACAGGCCCUUCCACUGCAACCAGUGUGGCGUCUCGUUCACCCAGAAGGGAAACCUGCUGCGACACAUCAAGCUGCAUACAGGCGAAAAACCCUUCAAAUGCCCCUUUUGCAACUACGCCUGCCGGCGGCGUGAUGCCCUCACUGGUCAUUUGCGCACUCAUGCUGUUGGCAAACCACACAAGUGUAACUACUGUGGACGGAGCUAUAAGCAGCGGACUUCUCUGGAGGAGCAUAAGGAACGCUGCCAUAGUUACCUGCAGAGUAUCGGCUUGGAUCCAACCACUAACACUAGGCCUUACACAGAGUCAAGGCCCAUGGCAACCUUUGAUCGGCCACCUGUUAUUGAAAGACUGCACAGCAAUGUGGGCAAGAGAAAGAGCACCACACCUCAGAAAUUUGUGGGUGACAAGAUCCCACGCCUCAGCUACCCUGAACUAGGCUAUGAGAUGGGCCUCAAGUACGAGAAGAAGGCUGAACUGAUGCCAGCCCACAUGAUGGACCAGGCCGUCAGCAAUGCCAUCACUUACCUGGGAUCAGACACACUUCGGCCCAUGCUCCACCAUCCAGGGCCCCAUCUUUCUAUGGCCGAGGUGGUGCCCAUGGUCAACCCCCUUUUCCAUCAUGUCCCCCCUGAGGCAACGAACGGAUCGCCCAGGAAACUGCAGGUCAAGCAGGCUCAGCCAGGGCAAGAGGAAUCUCCCAACAACAGUGGAGUUGACUCCGCUGACUCAGCUCGCAGCAGCCCUCAGGAGAGGCACAACCGGUUGAGAGAAGCAUCACCCAGAAGUAUGACAGGAAUGGCGACUGGGAUAAUGCGAGUGGCCACAGAGAGGCCUUUAAGUCAUGAAGGGGUGCGGGUGUUUGGAAGAGAAGGCCAGGAGUUGCGGGCCUUCCAGUGUGAGCACUGUCGGGUGCUCUUCUUGGACCAUGUCAUGUAUACCAUCCAUAUGGGUUGCCAUGGUUACAGAGAUCCACUGGAGUGCAAUAUCUGUGGUCACCGCAGCAAAGACCGCUAUGAGUUCUCCUCUCACAUAGUCCGUGGUGAGCACACAUUCCAGUAAGAGGACGGGUAAGAAAGACAAAGAAGGGAAAGGAGCAAUAGCCUGAUAUUCAUUCCUGUCCCCAAACCUCUGAGACUCCACUGUUGAAUGGCACUGUAGACAAGUGUAGCACAAUCAGAGACUUUUUUUAAGCUACUUAGUGUGAGUUUGAACAGUUGAACAAUCAUAUGAAGGUACGGGCCAAAGACACAUUUUAUACAUAUUUAAUUAAGAUGUAUUGUAGAGAAAGGAAUGUGCAUUUUUCUUCUGAAGAUGUUCAUGAAUUGUGUAACAGCAGCUGUCAGAUGACUUUGUCUUCUUGUUUGGAAAUGUCUCCUUUUGUGGUUGUCCCCUUCAUAAUGCUUUUGUUAGUGAAAUA